ACUGCUCUAAUCUUUUCUUGCAAGUUGCAUCGGUCUUCAGUAGCCUGGAUAUUGCUGCAUAAUUUAUUAAUGGAUUGGAGGAUGAUAGUGGCUGCUCGAACAGGAAACAUUAACGUCUUGUAUGAAUUAAUCCAGGAAGAUCCAUAUGUUUUGGAGCGUAUUGACCAGGUUCCUUUUCUUGAUACACCUUUACAUUUAGCAGCAUGUGCUGGGCAUAUUGAAUUUGUGAUGGAAAUGACGAACUUAAGGCCAUCAUUUGCAAGAAAGCUAAACCAAGUUGGGUUUAGCCCCAUGCACUUAGCUUUGCAAAAUGACAAAACCCAAGCAGUGCUUCGACUCCUAAAGUUUGAUAAAGCCCUUGUGCGUGUCAAAGGGAGGGAGGGCCUGACUCCUCUGCACCAUGUAGUUGGAACUGGAAACCUUGAUCUUUCCAUCAGGUUUCUUGAGGCUUGCCCUGAGGCUAUUGAAGAUGUGACUGUUCGAGAUGAGACUGCUUUCCAUCUUGCAGUCAAAAACGACAUGUUUAAAGCUUUUGAAGUCUUGAUGGGGUGGCUCCAAAGGAGCUGCCAUGAAGCUGCCCAACGUUGGGAAAACGAACUACUGAGUUGGAGGGACAUUGAAGGCAACACUGUUCUGCACAUUGCAGCUAUCAGAAGUAGACCUCAGGUGGUAAAAGUGUUGCUGGAAAAUUUGAGUCAAGACCGUAUCAAUGCCAAAAAUUCGGAGGGAUUAACGGCUCUAGAUAUCGUAUUAGAACGCCAAAGGAAUGAAAGGCAAGUGGAUAAUAAAGAGAUUAUGGAUAUGUUAAUCAAAGCCGGAGGUUUGCGUGGUUCCUUGUUUCCAAAAAAUCCCAACUCUUCAAUCAACAUCAAUUCAUUCAGAUCAAAGAUGUCAUAUUUUCAAAAAUUUGCAAUAAUGGCAGCUCGUGGAAAGAAGGGUAUCUCAAAUGAGAUGCGUAACACAUUUCUAGUAGUGACCGUGCUAAUUAUAACAGCCACUUACGAUGCCUCAUUAAAUCCUCCUAAGAAGGGUGACAAUCUUUUAUCCCAGAAGUACCAAGUCUCUAGUUUUCCCAAAUUUUCGCAUAAAGAAAAUCUUCCUAUGGGUGGCCAUAAUCCUCCGCAGGACUUCACAGAUUUAGUAGAUGUAUCUUCCAUGUUUUGGUUAUACAACACUUUAACCUUUUGGGUGGCACUGGGGUUAACAGCAUAUCUCCUCCCAAGUCGCACAAUCUGUUUGUUUCUUCUCAUAACACUUUCCCUUUUCGGCUCCUGUUACAUGCUUUUAGUAGCUGUCGUCUCAUGGAAACUGCAAUAUCUUAUUUCCCCUAAAUCUUUGCACUUAUCGUAUCAUGCUCUCUCCAUCGUUAACUACAGCUUGUCAAUGUUAAUAGCUGUCCUGGUGGCUUGCCGGAUUGCCGGUUAUGUUUUCUGCAGAUUUGUACCCAGAAGAAAGAUUUUUUGCCUCGUACAACUUCUUUCCUUUUUGUGUAUUGCUUCUUGCAUUGUUACUCCAGCUGUGCUAAAUGUCGAAUCCAUAUUAAGGUCUAAUUUCUCCUUGUGA